AUGGUGUCUAACGCCAGAGACCCUUCAGUCCAUGCAGCUAUCCUCCAGCACCUCAAUGAGAAGUACGGAGAAGGGUCGGGCAAAGAGAUGGACUUGGAGUUUGAGAUGGGCAGGGGAGCGGGACAGGCUGCUCUGAAAGUCAUCGACCUGACUAAGAACACCAGCGACCUAUCAGAGGACCUCUUUAAAGUCCACGACUUUGACGUCAAGAUCGACCUACAGGUUCCCAAUGCAGAAGCCAAGUCUCUGUCAGUGAGCGCUAACACCUUGGCAGUAAAGGACGGUGCUCCACGCAGAUCUCUCAACCUGGAGGACUACAAGAAGAGGAGGGGCUUGAUCUAAUGAACUACAGGAAUAUGGGCGUGGUCUAAUGAACUACAGGAAGAGGGGCCAUGGUCUAAUGAACUACAGGAAGAGGAAGGGGGGCUUGGUCUAAUGAUCUAAUAGCCUAACCCCUCAGUCAGAACCACCUGCAUGUGUUGGUUGGCAAAUCUACCCCUGUGUGUGUGAGAGAGGUGUGUGUGUGUGAGAGGUGUGUGAGAGGUGUGUGUGUGUGAGAGGUGUGUGUGAGAGGUGUGUGAGAGAGGUGUGU